CUCACUCCAAUCCAACGGAAAACACGAAGGAGCUCCCAGUCAUCCUCUCCCCAAUCCUUCGUCUCGCCCGUGCGUGCUCCUGCGGUUGGUAGAGUAGGGUUUUAGCCAUGGCUUGGAGCGCCGCCGCAGCCGUCUCCAGGUUCGCCGCCUCGCCGACAGCCGAGAUCCGCCUGCCCCUCUCAGCAGCCGCCGCCGCCUCCGUGUCCUUCUCCAGGCUCCGCCGUUUCGGCCCCGUCGCCGCGGCCCUCUCCACCUCCGCCGCCGUUAAAGAGGCUGUUCAGACAGAGAAAGCACCAGCAGCGUUAGGCCCCUAUUCUCAGGCCAUCAAAGCAAACAAUCUUGUGUUUGUCUCUGGGGUUCUUGGCCUAAAUCCUGAGACAGGGAAGUUUGUCUCUGAAACCGUUGAGGAGCAAACUGAGCAGGUUAUGAAGAACAUGGGCGAAAUAUUGAAAGCAAGCGGUGCUAGCUACUCUUCAGUUGUCAAAACAACAAUCAUGUUGGCUGAUCUACAGGAUUUCAAGAAAGUGAAUGAGAUUUAUGCAAAAUAUUUUCCAGCUCCUGCACCAGCACGCUCAACUUACCAAGUCGCGGCUCUGCCCCUGAACGCCAGGGUCGAGAUCGAGUGCAUUGCUGCUCUUUAGUGGCCAACCCAACGAAAUCUCAAUAAGCAUUCGACGCCAUUGCAGCUGGCCACCGUUCUGUACUGCACCACAUGUUACUGUGACCUUGUAAUACCGGUUAAGGUCUUGAACUGCAUGCAAUAAACCUUGGUUAUCCAGACUCUGGGUUGUUGCUUCGGGUUAUGCAUAUUCAGAGAGAGCAUCAUGUCAUCGUAGCAUCAGUAGCUUACAAACCAUCACUUCUGGGUGCUAUCUGGAAGGCAUGAAUCUAAGCUUAACGGAACCAAGGCAUCAAGUUUAAGUCACUCAAUCACCUUAUCAAUUAAAGUGUCAGUUCCUUUC